AAUUAAAAAAAAUUGAAAAAUUCCCUCAACCCUAAACUCAAAAACCUCCUCCUUUCUUCUUCUUUGUUCAGCAAUGACCUUUGAAGACUCCCUAAGAUCUCUCUCCCUCGAUUACCUUAACCUUCUCAUCAACGGCCAAGCCUUCAGUGAUGUCACCUUCAGCGUUGAGGGCCGCCUCGUCCACGCCCACCGCUGCAUCCUCGCCGCUCGCAGCCUCUUCUUUAGGAAGUUCUUUUGCAGCUCCGACUCCUCUUGUGGGUCUGUUCUUGAUUCUCGAUUCGGUUCGGUUUUGGGUUCGAAUUCUCGUGGCGGUGGGGCUAAUACGCCUCCACCGCCACAGGGAGUGAUCCCGGUUAAUAGUGUUGGAUAUGAGGUGUUUCUGCUUCUCCUUCAGUUUUUGUAUAGUGGGCAAGUCUCGAUCUUGCCGCAGAAGCAUGAGCCACGGCCGAAUUGCGGCGAGCGAGGGUGUUGGCAUACGCAUUGCUCCUCCGCCGUUGAUCUUGUUCUUGAAACUCUUGCUGCCGCUAGAUCUUUUGGAGUUGAACAGCUCGCUUUGCUUACUCAGAAGCAAUUGGUGAGCAUGGUGGAGAAAGCUUCAAUUGAAGAUGUAAUGAAAGUUUUAAUUGCAUCAAGAAAGCAAGACAUGCACCAUCUAUGGACUACUUGUUCUCAUCUAGUAGCAAAAUCUGGCCUCCCAACCGAAGUUCUAGCGAAACACAUUCCCCUCGACGUCGUCGCCAAAAUCGAGGAGCUUCGCCUCAAAUCCUCCCUCACUCGUCGAUCAUCGAUACCUCAUCACCACCACCACCACCUCGGCGCGGCAGCCGACCUAGAGGAGCAAAAGAUUCAUCGAAUGCAAAGGGCAUUGGACUCCUCCGACGUAGAGCUCGUCAAGCUAAUGGUCAUGGGCGAAGGUUUAAAUCUCGACGAGGCAUUAGCAUUGCACUACGCCGUCGAGAAUUGCAGUAGAGAAGUCGUGAAAGCCUUGCUCGAGCUCGGAGCAGCCGAUGUGAACUACCCGGCCGGGCCAGCCGGGAAAACCCCGUUACACAUUGCGUCCGAGAUGGUGUCCUCCGACAUGGUGGCAGUCCUCCUCGACCACCAUGCCGACCCGACGAUCCGAACCAUCAAUGGGGUGACACCGCUCGACAUUCUCCGAACCCUAACCUCGGAUUUCCUAUUCAAAGGAGCUGUCCCAGGGAUGACACACAUAGAACCAAACAAGCUGAGGCUAUGCUUGGAGUUGGUUCAAUCAGCAGCACUUGUGAUAUCAAGAGAACAAGGGAACAACAACAAUGCAAAUGCUUCAUCUUCAACAACAAUAUAUCCACCAAUGAGCGAAGAUCACAGCAGCAGCAGCAAUGGAAGCAAUGGAAGAUUGGUUUAUUUGAAUCUUGGAGCAAAUUCUGGUUCAGCUCAAAUGGGAGCUGAAGGAACUGAUCCGACACUGUACCACAAUUCCCAUGAUUACUGAACACUUGGCUCAAAUUUUAUUACAAAUCUUUAUUACAUGUCC